AUCCUACACUCUGGAUUAAAGGGGUCCGGAGCUGAGGAGCGAACUGGAGGAGCUAAACGUGAGUGAACAUGAGCAGCUCUGCGGUCCUGAGUCUUUAUUUCAUCCUGAUCUGUACACAGCUGAUCUUCCACCCUGCUGAAGCUCAGUCGUGUGAGGGACGCUGUGGUGAGAAGUUCUCCUCGUGUUCAUGUCACCCCACGUGUACCACGUUACUGACCUGCUGCGCUGACCUGAACCGGUUCUGUCUGGAGAUCCGUCCUCACUCAGGUUCUCAACAUGGAGGAACCGACUUCAGACUGAUCAACGUCACGUUCCCCACCGACGUCUCCCUCACCUGCAGAUUUAAAGCUGAGAUAAGUACUCAGGGGUACGUAGACGGGGACGGCGGGGGUCACUGUAUCUCCCCCAUGCUGUUUGAGACGGGUUGGAUCCCAUUCCAGGUUACUGCUGAUGGACUGAAUUAUACUGGAGCAGGACGGUGGCUCUCCGUGCACCACAGUAAACUGGGCGAGGCCCAUAAGCUGGUGCUGGUGAACGGGACGCAGUGGCAGUAUUACGGGACCCCCGGCGUGGGUGGAACCCUGAGGAUGACGUGGAAUUCGUCUCUGAUCCACGCCGAGCGGGUAAACGUGGAGCUGUGGGGCUACGACGAGACCGGAGAGACGUACUCUGAUCAGUGGAGGGCCGAGUGGACGUAUCUGUACUCUGUGGGGAAGAACCUGCCAAAUACCGGGACGUUCAGUUUCGUCCCCACGCCGUCCAAAAUGCCCCUGGCACGGUGGGACAUGGGCAGCAUGAGGAUCAGUCCCAGCACCAAGCCUGAUGGAGCACGGAACGUGAACGCCCUCUGGAGUGGCGCUCACGCCCUGGCGUACCACCUGGAGGAGGAGUUCAGGAAGGAUCCGGCGGCUUGGGCGUUCCGGAAGUGUCUCGACUGGGAUCAGGAGGAGCAGAGGAUGCCCAAUUUCCUGGAGGAGAUCACAGACUGCCCCUGCACGCUGGCACAGGCUCGAGCCGACACGGGCAGAUUCCACACAGAUUACGGCUGUGACAUCGAGAAGGGCAGUAAGUGCACCUAUCACCCGGGAGCUGUGCACUGCGUCCGGGCCAUUCAGGGCAGUCCGAAGUACGCGGCCGGUCAGCAGUGUUGUUAUGACAGCACCGGUGCUCAGGUUCUGACCGGCGACUCUAUCGGCGGGAGCACCCCCGACCGAGGGCACGACUGGGGGGCGCCGCCGUACCAAACACCACCCAGGGUGCCGGGACUCUCGCACUGGAAAUACGACGUGAUUUCAUUCUACUACUGCUGCCUGUGGUCCGACCACUGUGAUUAUUACUUCAAACACCGACCGUCCAGCGACUGCAGGACGUACCGACCUCCCAAAGCUGGGUCGGUCCUCGGUGACCCUCACUUCAUCACGUUCGAUGGUUCCACCUACACCUUCAACGGCAGAGGUGAGUACGUCCUGCUCCACUCGCCCAACCAUCGACUGACCGUCCAGGGCCGGACCGAACCCGCCAGAUCAGACUCCGGUUCCGUCAUCAACGCGACUCUGCUCUGCUCGGUGGCCAUGAGGGAGAAGGACUCUGACAUCAUCGAGGUGCGGCUCUCUGAUAGGCCGGAGGAGCUUCAGGUGCUGAUGAACCAGCAGGUGCUCGGCUUCACCGAACAGACCUGGAUGGACCUGAAAGGCGUGUUCGUGUUCUCUGAGGUUCCCCAGAACGUAACGGUGAUGUUCCCCUCUGGGGCGGGGGUGGAGGUCAGGGCUCACGGAGGGGUCAUGACCCUGACGGUUCUACUGCCGCAAGAGUUUAAGAACCAGACGCAAGGGCUGCUGGGUAAUAUGAACGAAGAUCCUGAGGACGACUUGGUGUCCAGUGAUGGAGGGGUGAUCGGAGCGGGCGGCAGCGCUCAGGAUAUCUUCAGCUUCGGAGCAGGAUGGGCCAUCAGGAACGAGUCGUCCCUCUUCACCUACGACUCGGAGCGGCUGCUGACGGAGUACCUCUUCUCCCCGAAACACGACCCCUCCUUCAUCCCCAUCUUCUCACCCAGCGAGGACCCCUCAGACCCUCUGCUGGGCCCCGUCCUGGAGAUGUGUGUGGGGCACGGAGCCCAGUUCUGCAAAUACGACACCCUGAGCACGCGCAGCCUGGAGCUGGGAAACGACACGCUGCGUUCAGUCCGGACACACACGGCGACGGUGCACGACCUCCGACCCGUGCUGUCCUGCGGGUGGUUGAAGGCGCCCAAAUACGGUCAGAAGGAGGGCUCGCUGUACCUGCAGGGGGCAAAGGUCAGAUUCUCCUGUAACCGGGGUUACCGUCUACAUGGCUCCCAGGAGCGGGUGUGUCAGGAGGACGGACGGUGGUCAGGACAGGAGACGCACUGUGUUUCAGACGACACACUGGGCAUCGUGUUGGGCAGCAUUGGCGCCCUCCUCACCCUGGUCGUCAUGGUGAUUGCCAUCGUCCAUUACACCCGGAAACAGAAGAGAGAGCGACUGAAGGACAGAGAGGACCGAGCCGUCUCUCAGCACGACGCUGCCAACCUGUGAAGCUUCUGAGUGCCAGCAGGUGCCCGCUGUACCCCCCCCUGCACCCCCCCUGCCACCCCCCUGUACCCCUCCACGCCCUCUAAUCCAUCAUGGACCUUCCAAUUGCUUCGACAGUAUUGAAAGAUCCAGCCACCGCCGGACGUUCCUGCAGUUAAAAGAUCUGAUGGUGCUUUUGAACUGAGUCAUAUCUACUUCCCACAAGGUGGGUCACGGGCGAGCACCCGCCUCCCCCGACACGCUGCUUCUUCACAGUACACACUCCUACAAAGGGCGGGCGGGGCAAUUAUCGGUUCGAACCCGGGUCCUGGUGGCGGUGGUGCCACCAACCUACUAUUUGCUGAGUGGUGGAGGAACCCAGCGAGUGAAGCGUGUUCCUCGGUUCCAGCCAAAAGCUUCAACCCACGUUCAGACCGGCAGCGAUUGUUCGCUGAUCGCUUGUCGCCCACGUUCACAUCGAAAGCGACAUCGUAGUUUGGUUGCCGUGGCGAUACGGCGUAACUUACCGGCUCUUAUCUACAGACCACGAAUCAGACGUGUUCUCUCUUCAUCUCGAUUAUAUAGGAACCAAAAACGAUUCCUAUUGGUCAUCGCCACAUCGCUUCAAAGUCAGACUGACUCCGCCCUCGCUGCGUCGCCAACGUCGGCUCCGCCUCCUGCCACCUGACUGAAUUUACUCGCUUCGCUGUCGGUCUGAACGCAAGGGUGUCAUCCAAAAAACAGGGGGCACCAGAGUACAGGGGAAUUGGAUAUACCUAAAUCAGGCACCGCGAUAACGUAUGAAUGAAGGCGCUACACUCGCCGGGCCACCACUCGAGCCACGCCCGGCCUGCACCACCUCCACUUGUGUUUGUGUUUGAUUAUGACCAGGUAGAUGUAGCUUCAUUAUAGUGCUGCAUGAUUCAGGGUUUGAACCUGAUCUGUACUAAAUAAAUGUGAUAAAUAAAUAAAUAAAUUUGAUUUGAUUUUUCUCAUUAA